ACGGCGACCUCCGCAAAUCAUCCAGACUAUUCUGACUUUCAAGCUUCUUCUCAGGUCGAUAUUAAUCAUGGCAAGGUCCAUCCUCUGCAUUGCAUUAGCAAAGUAAGCUACUAACACUGGCUCUUCGUGUGUAACAGGAAUCUCGAAUCCGGAUCUUGUUCACUCAGCGAGCACGAUGGCCAUCACGUACGACACCAAACCAACUUUCACCAUCCCAACGGUCAAUAUAGCCGAUUAUCUCCGGGAUCCUCAGUCUACCGAAGCCGACAAGAUUGUCGAGCAGAUUCGCAACGCUUGUGCAACAAGUGGAUUUUUCCAGAUUACCGGCCAUGGUAUCCCAGAGUCAUUGCAACAACGAGUCUUUUCGGCGGCCAAAACAUUGUUUGCUCUUCCCGAGAAUGAAAAAGUGAAUUUGAAGGGGAAGCCUGGCCGAGGCUACGAAGUGAUUGGGGGUCAGAUCUUGGAGGCUGGCAAAAAGGGAGAUCUCAAAGAGGGGUACAUGAUGGGCCGAGAGAUUCCAGACAUUAAGCCACCGUACAAACCAUUCCAAGAUCCCAACGUCUGGCCCGAUCCAGCUCAGGUUCCAGAGUCACAGUUCAAGGAGCCCUUGCUUGAGUACCAGAAAGCCCUGACAGACCUUUCAAUGGUCAUGAUGCACAUACUUGCGAGAGGAUUGAAAGGCUUUGACACCAGCGUAUUCGAGGAGUACUGCAAGGAACCGAUUGCCAACGUGAGGCUUCUUCAUUACCCUCCACACCCAAAGACGGAAGAUGCCAAUCUGGUUGGUGCCGGUGCUCAUACAGACUUUGGUGCAAUUACCUUGCUUUUGCAAGACGGACACUCCGGUCUUCAGGUGUUGAAUUACGACACCAAGGAAUGGAUUGACGUGACCCCAACAAAGGGUGCAUAUGUGGUCAACAUUGGUGACAUGCUUGAAGUUUGGGUUUCUGGAGCAUACAAGAGCAACCUCCAUCGCGUCAUCAACACCAGUGGUGUCGAUCGAUACUCGAUUCCGUUCUUCUGGGACGGCAAUCCUGACUGCGUGAUCAAACCUCUGGACGGUAAGAAAGGAAAAGAAUUUACUGUGACGGAGCACAUGCUUUCAAGAUACAAGGCUACAUACGGUUGAAAUGAAGUUGGCUCGAUGCCUAUAACUAUUUGCACUUUUCUCUUUGCCGAAAUGC